AUUUCAUGCGCCUGAAGUUUCAUAUUGUGCGCGCAAAAUAAGAAGAGCUGUCUGAAGUUGAAUUAAUAUUGAGCAUUUUGGGGCAUAGCUACGAUGUUUAGCCCUCGUCCCACCCCCUGUUCAGGCCGAAGGCAGUCCUCAAGGGUCACCGGUAGAAAGAGUCUCGCCGGUACACCUACAGGGCUUCUCUUUUCCCCACGUAGGACGUCGUUAGCAGCGAGAUCAACUCCUACGCGUGUGCAGAGCUACUCAACUUCAGAAGCACUCCACUUCGAUGUCCAGACGUUUGGCUCUUCUCUACCUGUCAAAGUCAUGGAGGCUUUGACUAUGGCUGAUGCCGAUGACCAGAUCUCUGUGAAGGUGGAUGAGAGUGGCUGGGCCUGGAUGGUGUGUGGAGAGAGACUGAUCAUCUGGAAGAUCUGCCAGACUGCUGUUGCAAAGUUGUCAGUAUGUAAGGGCCUCCAGCUGCCCACUAGUGAGUUUGUCUACUAUGCUGAUCUCAUCUCGAUAUCAUCUCCCAGYCCUCUGGAGACUGCCACUGUUCAGUCUAUCUCUGUCAUGGCGGUGGCUCCGGAGGGAACAGCCCGGUUCUGGCCUAGUUUGGCCCACGAGGGGAAUUACGCUGAGACUGUGAUCGACAUGGGCGAAAACCUCUGCAACUUUGUUGUGGCUGUUAGGGGGGGUAGUUUYAUCGUGUCAUCCUAUAAGGGCCAGUUGAUGCGUCUCGGGGCGGACCCCUCCGGAAAACCGCUGCAGAGGGCGCUACAGCAGKRCCAGGGGGUGCUUUCCGGCAUCGGACGCCGCGUCUCCAGCCUCUUUGGCAUGCUCGCCCCGCUUACCAACAACAAUCUUCACAGUGUUCUGUGGGUGGGAGAGAUGGGCUGCCUAUAUACUCUGACCUCCUGUGGGCUCAGUAAAUGGGAGGUGGAUGAGGUCACAGAGCACCAGGUCCUCAGCUGGGACUCCAGCCGCGCUCUGACGGAGAGUGUCGUCGACGCCAUCUGGGGGUCAGAGAGCAACUUUGAGGAAAUCAAGGAGGGAGUGAACGUUACCUACAUGGACAUGCAGCUGAGCCAGGAUGGCCUGGUAGUGUUGGCAGCAGCCUGGCACCCCUCAGACUCCCCCUGCCUGGCCUACUUCUGCCUGGUCACCCUGCUGGACAACGGCAACAACAUCUCUGAGGAGCUCUCUGUGGAGGUCACCAAGUACAACCCCCCCUUCCAGAGUGAGGAUGCCCUCCAGGCCAUGAGGCUGGUGUUACCACGGGCCUCCAGCCCUGCUGCCUUCCUGUACAACRMGGAGCUGGUGUUUGCCUGCUCCACCGGUACUGGCAGAGGAGGUCUACCUGAGGAGAAGAUCCCCUUCAACACACCUGGUGACCGUCUGCGUGGUGGGGGCUGCUGUGCCAACCUGCCAGUGUUCUUCUCCCAGAACAGUGGUCUGGUGGCCGUGGUGGCCAGGGAGAGUGCCUCCAUGCUGCCUGAGACUAUGGAGGACUCCCUCUGCUUCUCCUUGGCUGGGGCCGGCCCUGAGGCAACUGCWAUGGAGACUCCGACUAGGAUGGAUUCUGUAGCGCAAGAGGACAAAACCAAACUCCUAAAAGCAGCGUUCCUGCAGUUCUGCCGGAAUGACCUGGUGGGGGCCCAGACCAUGACAGACGAGCUGUUCCCCCUGGAGGAGGACGGAGACGGGGAGGUGGGCGGGGAGCUGGAUCUGGUGGUGACCCGGAUCAACCUGGACCUGGUGGACGACUACCCAGCCUCAGACCCCCGCUGGGCCGAGUCUGUCCCUGACGAGAGUGCUGGCUUCCCCCUGACCUCCCUCAUCAUCCUCCACCAGCUAGAGGACAAGAUGAAGGCCCACGGAUGCUUCAUGGACUUCCUGCUACAGGUGGGUCUCCUGGACCGGCUGGGCCAGACCGCGGUGCGCUCGUCUCCCAUGGCGACGCGCCUGUUGCUGUGUGAACACGCCGAGAGUGUCUCAGAUCUCCUCAGUCUUCGAGUGUCUACUAGAAGAGGAGGAGAGGACUCUGAAGGAGAACCCUGUGGACUCUGUGAAGUGGGCUGAAGUGGUGCUCAGUGUCAACACCAUCAUCAAGGACAUGCUGCAGGCUGCUGGUCAGUACAGAGACACCAAGGCCUCACUGUACAGAGCCUCAGAGAGCACCACUGCUGAGCCAGAAUACAUCCCAUGGACCGCCUCUAGCUGUCUGGGUGGGGUGCGUACCGUCAUCGCCCGCCAGCACGAGGUGAUCCUGCGUGACGUGUACCCUCACGCCGACUCGGAGCUGCGCAAUGGCCUGAACGAGCAGCUGGCAGCGCUGCUGGAUGUGCUCCUGGGAGGCUACGUUGCCCAGCUGACCUCACUGAGACCGGGCCGGCCGGGCCAGCAGGACCGCUACAACACCCUGGAGAUGGAGUACACGCAGCGCCGCUCUGAGCUGCUCGCACCACUGUUGGAGCUGGGUCAGUACCAGUGGGUGGCAGCACUGGCAGAGAAAUAUUGUGACUUUGACAUCCUGGUCCAGAUGUGUGAGCAGACUGACAACCAGAAUAGACUGCAGCACUACAUGGCCAAGUUCGCCGACCAGAACUUUGCGGACUUCCUGUUCCGCUGGUACAUGGAGAAGGGAAAGCGGGGCAAGCUGCUCUCCCAGCCCAUCGCCCAGCACCAGCAGCUGGCCAGCUUCCUGCAGUCCCACGAACACCUCAGCUGGCUGCACCACAUCCACGUCCACGACUUCAGCAGUGCCCACAAAACCCUGUAUGGCCAGGCCAACAUGGAGACACGUUACUUUGUGAAGAAGAAGACCCUGUUGGCUCUCAGUAAACUGACUGCCUUGGCAUCAGACAUGCCUGAGGCUGUGAUGAAGAAACAAGUAGACGACAUGGUAGAGCAGGAGCGGUUCCUGCUGCACCAGGAGACUCUGCCCAAACAGCUGCUGGAGGAGAAACAACAGAACCCAGACACCAUGCCCCUGCUCAGCGCUCACAACCUUAUUAAUCUGUAUAUUUGUAAUGACAACAGACGAGCCAAUGAGUAUGACUUCAAGAAGGCUCUGGAUCUACUGGAGUACAUAGACGAGGAGGAUGCUGUGGACAUUGAGGGACUCAAGUGUGAGAUCUUCUGCAAGGCCCUCAAGAAAGACGACUGGUCGUCUGCUGAUGGGAACGAUGACCCUCUGGAGGCAGCCAAGGACAGCAUCUUUGUCAAGAUCCUCAUCAAGCUCAUACAAGAAGGUGUUCCUCUACAGACCUACCUUCCUGACUUCAAAGACCUUCUUCAACUGGAUGAGAUGGAGGCUUUGAAAUCAAAGCCCACUUUUGAGUUUGUACUGCGGGCCAACUAUGAACAUUACCUGCAAGCACAGAUCUGAUGACCCCUGACCCCUUUCACAACUGUGUCUCCCAGGUUGCACUUGGUUUGUUCCUUACUUUCCAUUUUUACUGUUUGUUUGACAAAAAGAUAACGUGUUGCAUUUUCUAAAUAAAAGUCAUAUUUCUGUAAA